AACCGACCUAGACAUUACGAGCUGCGUGGUGAGUGAAGGGCCAGAGUGGGAGACCACGGGAGUCUUCAUCACCGGCCACGCCAACGGUGCUGUGUGUGUCUGGCGCAUUGCGUUCAGGUUAGUCGAGCCUCUACAGUCAGACAGUGAAGACCUGCUCUUCCUCAGCACAGACACCACCACAGAUACACAGGCCCACAGCAGUCCCGGUAUGGCUGGUUCGAAUAACGGGACGGGUGUGGAUACGAGCUCCGGCGUUGACAAGACGUGGGAGAGGAAGUUUGUGAAUGUGACUACGUUGGCGAGUGAUGACGAUGCUGUGCCUGUCACGUCACUGAAGCUUGCCCGUGACCACAAGCGGUUGUAUGUCGGAGACUCGAGUGGGUGUGUGUCACAGUGGGCACUGCCUGCAAGUGGUGGUAAGUGCGAAUGUGUGAGGUGA